AAUACCAUGUUAAUAUGUCCAGCUGUAAGCGGGACAGUGGCAGGGUCUGAAUGGCACAAUCUCAACCGAUGGAGGGACGAGCGGCACCUAAAAGCUACCUGGCCGACAGGUAGGUAGUACUGGCUGGUGGGGUCGGUAUGCAAAAACCCCCACCAUCAUUGAAAAGAACCUUGGAAGUCUAUCUAUCAAGCAACAGCAGCAAUAUUCAAGUCGCCUCUAGACAUCCUGAAUACCGCAUACCUACUUACCUCUAGACCGCGCCGACUCUACACUCCUCCCGACUGAACAAUCACCCACAAGAGAGUAGCUUGCUGUUCCGUAUUCUCGCAAUCGUCUGUCCGUUCGAGCGAUAACCGCCAACCAUGGCGACAACCACGGCGACGGUGACGGCCACCGCGAGCAAGCCGUCCAGAAAGAAGGAUGCCAAUCUCCCUCCCGAGAACGAGCGUUUCCUGAGAUGUUGCGCCGACAUUGCAAACGUCCUCAUAGAGGACCACGAAGCCUCAAAGGACCCCAAGAAUCCAAGGAAAGACAUCAACCUCAAUGGCCUGCGCACCAAGCUGUCGAGGAAACACAGGCUCACCAACAUCCCGCCACUCACCGCCAUCAUCGCCGCCGUACCCGAACACUACAAGAAAUACAUCAUGCCUAAGCUGAUCGCGAAGCCCAUCAGGACAUCUUCGGGUAUCGCUGUCGUCGCCGUCAUGUGCAAGCCCCAUCGCUGCCCUCAUAUCGCCUACACUGGCAAUAUUUGUGUCUACUGCCCUGGUGGGCCUGACUCCGACUUCGAAUAUAGUACGCAGUCCUACACUGGCUAUGAGCCCACCUCGAUGCGCGCCAUCCGUGCUCGCUACGACCCCUUUGAACAGGCCCGCGGCCGUGUCGACCAGCUCAAGUCCUUGGGGCAUUCCGUCGACAAGGUCGAGUACAUCAUCAUGGGUGGCACAUUCAUGUCCUUGCCAGUUCCCUACCGCGAGGAGUUCAUCUCCCAGCUCCACAACGCCCUCAGCGGCUAUCAGACGGCCAAUGUCGAUGAGGCCGUAGAGGCUGGCGAGAUGAGCAACAUCAAAUGCGUCGGGAUCACCAUUGAGACGAGACCAGACUACUGCUUGCAACCGCACCUCACUGAUAUGCUCCGAUAUGGAUGUACCCGGCUCGAGGUGGGUGUCCAGUCUUUGUACGAAGAUGUCGCGCGGGAUACCAACCGCGGUCACACUGUCGCUGCUGUCGCCGAGACCUUCUGCUUGGCCAAGGAUGCCGGCUUCAAAGUUGUUUCACAUAUGAUGCCCGACUUACCAAACGUCGGCAUGGAGCGUGAUCUCGAUCAAUUCCGCGAGUAUUUUGAGAAUCCGGCCUUCCGAACCGACGGGCUUAAGAUAUACCCCACUCUCGUCAUCCGUGGCACCGGUCUCUACGAGCUGUGGCGGACGGGAAGAUAUCAGAAUUACACCCCCAAUGCUCUCAUCGACAUUGUGGCGCGUAUACUGGCCCUGGUUCCCCCGUGGACGAGAAUCUACCGAGUGCAGAGAGAUAUUCCCAUGCCUCUCGUCACCUCGGGCGUAGAGAAUGGAAAUCUGAGAGAGUUAGCGCUGGCGCGAAUGAAAGAUUUCGGCACAACUUGCCGUGACGUAAGGACCCGCGAGGUCGGCAUCAACGAGGUCAAACACAAGAUACGCCCCAACCAGAUCGAGCUCGUGCGUCGCGACUACACGGCCAACGGCGGAUGGGAGACGUUCCUCGCCUACGAAGACCCCAAGCAGGACAUCCUUGUCGGUCUUCUACGGCUCCGAAAAUGCACGGAAAAAUACACCUACCGCGAGGAACUCACGGGCCAGCAGACAAGUCUCGUCCGAGAGCUCCACGUCUACGGAACUGCCGUCCCUGUACACGCGAGAGACCCCAAGAAAUUCCAGCACCAGGGCUUUGGAACGCUGUUGAUGGAAGAAGCGGAGCGCAUUGCGCGCGAUGAGCAUGGGAGUGUCAAGAUUUCUGUCAUUAGCGGCGUGGGUGUCAGGAGCUAUUAUAAGAAGCUGGGGUAUUGGCUUGACGGGCCAUAUAUGAGCAAGUGGCUUGAUGGAAGGCUGGGAUAAGAAGCCAUGAUACGGCGAAAUGAAGAAUAGUAAAAUGAGUAUACAAUAGAACGAAAAAAAAAUU